AUGAUUUAUGGAAGAGCUGUCCCGUCUCCUUUGUCAAACAAUGCCGUAUCACAAGCUUUGGUUCUGUUUGGUGCCCCUAAGGAAGGCAUUGAGAUUUUUCAUGAAAAUAAAAUGACAAAUACUGAAGGGGUGAAUAAAGGCAUUUACUUUAGCUAUCCAUGUCGACGUCAAAGCUGUGCUUUAGUAAACAUCCCAGCACCAUGUGUCAACAAAAUGAUUUCACACAUUGAAGAUUUGGAAUCUAAAAUACAAGAGCAUUUGAAACGGUUUGAAACUUCUCUUGAGGAAUGGAGCAGAACUUCAUCCACACAAGACCAGAAGGAAGAUUGGAGUGUUGCUACACCAGUGAAAGAGGUUAAACCAGAAGAGAGAGAUGAAAAGUGUCCAGAAUUAAAGCAGGAAAUGGAAACAUUGCUAUCAGAGGCCAUUCAUCUCAUUAAAAGUCUAGAAACUGACCGUGCAGAAGCUGAAGAAGCUUUAAAACAACAAAAAUCAAGAAAGAAGAAGAUGCACAUGAAAAUUGAUUCUUGGUCAAUCUGGAGACUUCAAGAAAUCCCAUUAGCUGUGCAGAAAGAACAUGAGGCCUAUUUGAGAGAUAUUGUAGAAUUACGAUGGCAUCUUGAAGAUAAAGCUUAUCAACUAAAACAUUUUGAGGAACAAAAGGCAAAAUUAGAAGAAGCUAAUGCAAAGCUUCAAGCAGACAUAGACUACAUGAAUAAACUUGGUCCUCUAAUUUACUCAAAACAGAACCAAGAACUUGAAGCUCUGAAAGAAUUUUAUACAAAAAAAUUUGAGGUAAUGGAGUUAUACAAACAAAUUCAUGAAGAACUUGAAGAAGCUAUAGAAGAUGUUGAAAAUGCCAAAUUGAAUGCUAAACAAAUUAGACAAGACAUGGAGCAAGACAUUCAUAGUGAUGAAACAAGCAUAGAAGCCUACAAGAGAGAGAGAGAGAACCUUGACAAUCUAUAUAGUCACUACUCUAUAGCAAUAGAAAAUGUUAAUGUUAGUAUUGAGGAGAAUGAAGAAGCAGUGAGUGAAGCAUUGAAGGAAACAAAGACAUCAACAGAGGAAUUAUCUGCUUUAUCAAAAACGCUAGAUGAUUUGAAAAAAAUUUAUGAUCAACUAUCCUGGAAGAGAAAAAGUAAUGAACAGGAGUAUCUGGAUGUACUUAAUAAUUAUUAUGCCACAAAAAAAUCAUGGGAUAUUGAGCUUUCUAAUAUUGCAAAAGACUUUUCAGAUAUUUCAAUUGCAAAUACUCAAUUGACAGAAGAAAACAGAAGACUCGAAAUUGAUAUUGAAACUGUAGCAGGUUUAAUCAAUGACAGUAUAAAGAAAAAAGCAGAGUUUGAGUCUGAAAUCCAAUCUUUGAUGAAACUAAGGUCAAAAAAUGAUGAAUUUCUUAAACAAUUAUACAGGGAAGCUUAUCAGCUUGGUGCUGUUUUCCACCUAACCAAAUUUAAAACAGAGGAAUUAGAAGAGAAAAUAGCAGAAGUGAGAAGAAAAUUCAAGGGUAGAGAAGAAUUCUUGAAAAAACUCACACGAGGUGAAGUGGCUAACGGAAUGAUGAUUCAGAAAAGACUGUAUACCAUUCAAGAAGAACAGAUACUUGAGAGGCGGGAACUUUUGGAAAAGAAAGCAAUGUGUGCCCUGGCACUGGCCGAACUAGAGGCGUCUCUGCUUGAACUAGAAGAAGACGCUAUAAGAAUCAGAACUAUGCACAAAGAACAUUCUGAUAUAUUAAAUGAUAUAACUGAGAGGAGAGACGAUGUUAAAAGAAAUGUGGAAAGAACUAAGCAAAAAUUACGAAGAAGGGGGAAGAAAACCCGUGAGGCAAUAACAGAAACUGAGGAAAAAUGCUCAAUAACUUUUAGAGAAAUAGAGAACACUAAAAGUAAAACCAUUAUUUAUCAUGCAAAAAUAAAUCAGUUGAAUAAGAACUUAAAAGAAAAAGAGAAAGAAAAUAUUACUUUUGCUCAGACACUUGGGAAUUUAAAAAAUGAAUUUUUAACCAUGAGAUAUAAAAGGGAGCAUGCACAAGCUGUAUUUGAUCAUCUCAUAAGUGAGAAAAAAAUCUAUGAAGAGAGACUCUAUGAGGAAGAACAGAGAUAUCGAACACUCAUUACCAUGAGGCAAAAAACUCUGGCAGAUAUUAAAAAAAUACAAGAUGAUUCUCUAGAAGAAAAUCUACGUUUAGCUCAAGAAUAUCAAAAAUUACAGACUAUUUUCUUAACAGAAAAGGACAAUUAUUUCAAUCUAUAUGAUAGACAGUUAUCACUUGAUGCUUCAAUUCGAGAUAAGAAACAGCUCUGUCAGCUGCAAAGAAGGAUACACAAGGUGUGGCAGAAGCACUUCAAACUGGUGGUCCUCUACAGCCAGAUGAGGCUGGCCAAGUUCCAGACAGACUCUCAGGAGAGUAUUCAGAAAAUAUUAGCUGUGCAGGAGGAAUCUUCAAAUUUAAUGCAACACAUCUUAGAUUUCUUCCAGACUUUGACAGAUGGCUCAUGUAAAAACGAUGGUUAA